UAUUAUAAUGAAACCCUGCGGGAGGCAGGAUGUGUUAGAUAUAUCUAUUGAUGGAGCUGAUGAAGUUGACAACCAACUGAAUUGCAUCAAAGGUGGUGGUGCAUGUCAGUUCCAAGAAAAGAUUGUUGCCUCAUGUGCGAAAGACUUUAUAAUUAUUGCUGAUUACAGAAAAGAUUCUGAAAACCUUGGCCAAAAGUGGAAGCGUGGAGUUCCUAUUGAAGUCUUGCCAGUUGCUUAUCGACCAGUGAAACUAAAAAUUGAAGCUAUGCUUGGUGGAGUGGCUAAACUACGAAUGGCUGAGUACAAAGCUGGCCCAAUUGUUACUGAUAAUGGUAAUUUUGUCCUUGAUUGGCUAUUUGAAGAACAUGCUGACUGGGUGGAGGUGAAUACUGCAAUUAAAUUGAUUCCAGGUGUUGUUGAAACUGGUCUGUUCUUGAAUUUGGCGAAAGUAGCAUAUUUUGGCAAUGCUGACGGCACAGUAAAAGUACGCAAAGCACCUGGUGUGCAGAAUUGCUGCUAAUAUGUAGUCUAUUCUGUCAAACUGAAGCCAGUGGUUCUGAUAAAAAGGAAAAGAAGGAAAGAAAAAUAGCCUCAAAAUCUCCAUAUUACCAUACCCUCAACAUUUUUAUUUAUUUUUUUAAUUGUAAAAUUUAGUGAAAUUUUAUGAAUAAUCAUAUUCAUUUACAUUUCAUCUUUUCUUUCUUUCUCAGUUAUAUACAUUAAUAAUCUACUUCUUCAUAAUGUUUAUAUUGUCUGAAACUACUUUUAUAUCUGUGUCUGGCUAUAUUGAUAUAACAGGCAUCAGCUAUUAAAUGAUAAGCUUUUAUUUAUCUUAUGAGAAUGCCCUCCCCAUCCAUUCUCCACUCUACCCCUGACUGCCAUUAUAGCCUUAUUAGACGUUUUCCCCUCAUAAACACCAUUAUCAAAGCUACAAUUAAUAUAAUAUUUUUGUUUUUCCAAAAAAAAACAAACUAAUUAUAUCCUGUACAAAUUACCCUCAUAUUAACCUAUCCUCCUCUCAUGAUAGUUACAUUCA